AUGGAUGAACCAUAAGUAGUAAAAAUAAUUGUAGUUGGAGAGUCAUAUGCUGGAAAGACAUCAUUGUUAUAGUAAUAUUGUUUUAAUGAGUUUGAUCAUAAUCAUAGUGCAACAAUUGGUUGUGAUUUCACUUUAAAGUGGAUUACAAAAAAUGGAACAAAAUUGAAGUUAUAAAUAUGGGAUGUGGCUGGUAAUAAUUAAAUUAAAUUCAAAGGAUAAGAGAGAUUUUAAAAUUUAUCUAAAAUGUUUAUAAGAUAAGCAAAAGGUUGUUUAAUUAUGUGUGACAUCACAAAUAAGAAAUCUUUGGAAGCCGCUUUGUCUUGGCGUAAUGUUGUUAAAGAUAUUGCUGAUGAAGUUCCUAUAUUCUUAAUUCAAAAUAAAACAGACUUAUUAUAAGGAGAGAGAGAAGAAUACUAAACAGAAGAAUAUUUAAAUCAAUUUGCAUAAUAACAUAAUUUUACUCGUAGUUAUUAAAUAAGUGUUAAAUUGAAUGACAAAGUAGAUUUGAUAUUUUAUGAGCUUGUGGAAUCAAUGAUAGAGAAAGGAGUCAUUAAAUUAGAAGAAAGUAUAAUAAAAAGGUAUUAAUUUAUUAAAAUGAAAGUUCUUUUGUUAUUAAAAAUGAUAAUAAUGAUAGAAAUAAAGCAAAGAAAAAAGAAUGUUGUUGA